CCGGGUGAUACAAAAAGUUGGCCCAGUUUCUGUUGCAUUGUCACCUCUAUAAUAUCACAAUAUUUGGUUCACCAGCCCUCAUCUCAUGCCCCGCCAUUCAAUUUCUACGCAUAUGUCUCAAAUAACUGAUAGCGACGUAGCUUUGAUCACCCCCAUCUCGCCGUCGAAUGCACCUUGGGACCAGUGUCCCUCAUCAUACCCUGGAAAUGCAAUGAACACUAUUGGGUGGAGUUAUUACCCUUUACCACCGUCCCCGCCUACCUCUGUCGGCUCAAACAUCACCGACUCUCCUGGACCUAUAUCCAAUACAACUCCUGACUCUAUGCGACAGAAGGAGCAACAAUUGUGCUUGCCGACGCACCAGGUGUUUGACUUCCCUGAGGUGCCGAAUUUAUCGUCACCUUCGCCAUCCGUCUCUCCUCCACUCUCAAAGUCCUCUCAGCCAUCUAUUUCCCUUGACACUCACAUGCACACGGAAGGGCUAUCUUCCCUCCCUGUCGCAGGCCCUUCGAAGAGACCGCGAACUGGCGGAGAGCGUAUCACCACAAAAGACUUUGUACCGCCUGAUGUAUCGGGGCUGAGCAAACGUGAAGCACGUCUGGUUAAGAACCGUGCCGCUGCUUUCCUCAGUCGGCAGCGGAAGCGGGAAGAAUUCGAGGCUAUGGAGAUCCGCGUCAAGGAGCUGGAGGAAGAUAAUGUGCGGCUUCAAACUGCUGCCAAAAGAGGACACGCCUAUGAUGAAUUGCUCUUGGAGGUCGAACAAUUGCGCAGUCGCCUUUCUGCAUCUGAAAAAAGGGGGCGCGAGCUGAAGGCCGAACUUUCACGAAGGUCAACCAGUGAUGUCCACGUGAAGACAGAAAAUUACGAUCAAGCUUUGACUCCGGUCUCACCAUCUGCCUCGCUGCCGAUGCACUCCCACCAGAGGUCCGGAGCAAGUCUCGGCCUGAUGCAGGUUCUCCUAUGUACGCUACCGUCCCUUCUUUUGACGUCCCCUAGAUCGCUUCCCACCACAUACUUUAUUCCCCUGACGGAUCCCUCGAUUCUACACCCCUCGUGCAACUUCGACUACAGCUCCAUCAUCCCAAGCGAUUUUGAAUGGGCACCGCAUCCUGACGGGGGAGCAGUGAUGAACCUUGGUUUUGGCGAUGUCGGAAAGCUUUCUUCGAGCGCUGGUUCCUCGUCCCCUCGCAAAGUUGAGAUCCACGCUGAAGCCAUCAAAGCUCUUGGGGGAUUCGAAAUUUCCUUUGAUGCUAGUCCAUCCAACGACGGAAAAAUUCAGGUUCGGAUCCACCCUUCCCAAUCACACCAUAUCAACCGGGAUCCCCAACGUGCACCUCCAGCCUCAAUGCCCAUGUGGUUCGAGUCAGCACCAAACAACUACGGCCCAGCCUUUUCAGCUGCUUUGACAUUUACUGCAUCUUCGACACCGGGAUCUUCCUUCGUGCCGUUAACUAGCGAUUUUGACUUGGAUCCUUUUUUGGGAGGAGUCCACGACUCAGGAUUGCCAUAUGGCAGCAGUGGACCGGCGUUUGGCCACCAUCCAUCGGAUGCCACAUUUGAACAUAUACCAGGGUUUAUGAAUGGCACUCGCAGCGACUUCUCUAAACACCGUCCGCGAGUUACCAUGAGAAACCUGCCAGCUGUCGGGAUGGAAGGAGAGUGGGAGGUUCCAGCCUGCUGAUUGUUACCGCAGUUGGUCGAUGACAACUAUUACUUAAGUACUUUCAUUUACUCUCAUUCAGCUGCUCGAAGUUACCUGGAUAAACCGCAUUGGAAUUUAUAUCACUAGUACCUACUUUAAUGGUUUGAGCUGGCCUUGAAGCAAUUGCCCGCAUUAUUCUUUCACAAACAUACUGGAUAUAUAGUUUUUACGUAUGCUUAGCAGAUAUGGAGGAAUGCGCACUCGGCGCGUGAAUCUCGAGGUGGC